UCACUAUCCUCUCACUCCUCUCUUGGUGGAAAGGCGCUAAAAACCCCUCAUCUUCGUCCCAAAUUAAACCCGACCCGAACACCCAAACACAAACCCGAAGUUCCGGGCAUGAACGGCGCAGCAACCCGACCCGCUCCGGUAUCAGGCAUCACCGUCUUUGAAUUCGGGUCAACGAAAAUUGUGUUUACAGAGCCUGUAACCACUGUAUAUGCUAUUCGGUGUUUGUAAUUUCUCUUGGCAGGUCAAUGAAAAUUGUGUUUACAGAGCCUGUUACCACUGUAUAUGCUAUUCGGUGUUCGGGACAUAACUAUGCAUCUGAAUCUCCGAGGUGUAAAAAUAUCACCAAGAUAGCAUGAUCAAGAAACUGGUAAGUGAGUUUACUUCCUUUUAUGAUUGUUUCAUAUUGCCUAUUCAGAUCAUGUAAUUAAACAGUGAAAAACAUCCACCUGAUCCAAGAACUUGUAUUAUGACUUUAUUUAAGUUUUAUGCUGGUUAUUAUAUUUAGUAUAUAGAACACUUGAACAAACAGCGAAAUAAUAUCUCCGAUGGAAAGACCAAGGUGAUCUCUUAAACUCUUCCUUGGUUUCAGAUGUCUUUACUACGUGUAGACUCAAAGAGAUACAAAAAAUAAUAAUAAAAAAUGCGGUCUUCAUUAGCAAGUGGUUCGUCUCUUUCUGUAUACAACAAGGAGCUGGUAGACAUCAUUAUUUUCUUGGUUAGAUGAAGUAGAAGUUGACACAAACUUCAUGUGCUUUUUUAAGAGAAAACAUAGUAACUAAUAUAAUAUGAUCAUAUGUUCUUAUCAUGAGUUGAGUAUAAAAGAAUAACAUAGUUAAGUUUGAUAUAUAUAAUCUUAACUAGAAUUAUAAAUGAUUAUAGAUCAUGUUAAAAUUAAAGGAAUCUACUUUUGUAUUGUAGGUGAAGUUAUUUAGCAUUUGACAGGGAGUAUAAUUGAAGCAAGAUUAGUAAGUUUGUUGAACAAGUUACUAAAUAGCAAAACAUCCAAUAGGGGGUCAGAAUUAUCCAAUACUUGCACUCAUACAGUAAAUAAAGUUAAAGUUUCGGGGCCACGAAAAAAAGAGUUAGAGUCCCGGUCAAGAAUAAAUAAAUUUAAAGCUUGUUCUUUAGCCUAAGGGGGGAAUAAGUAAGCAGAUGCAAUUGAUUAAAGUAAAUCUCUUUAUUCCCUCAAUUUAAAAAAAAAAAAAAGAAGUAAAGUUCUUUAUAAAAAUGUAAAGUUUUGUUGGGACUGAAGCUGGAAUAUAUAGGCACAAGACUGGCACGGCACGGAUCAAAUUGUCAUCCCCUCUAAAACUAGAUCAGAUAUAAAUAUAUACUGCUCAAUUCUCAUCAUAUUCCUACUUAGUGAUGGAGCACAUUAGUCAUCCUGAGCACCUAUUAGAAUUAAAAGAGUAUGAUGUUAUUGGAGAGAAUGCUAUGUGCUACGUUUGCGAUAAAACAGUUAUAGGCACUCCUACAUAUACUUGCACUAGUAAAAGUGUUGGUUGUCAAAGUUUUUACUUGCACAAGAGCUGUGCAGAAUUACCCCCAAAAAUUAAUCACAAUGAGCACAACCAACACCCCCUUACUUACCAACAAUGCCAUACAAAUCACCUUUGUGAUAUUUGUUAUUUUGGCAUAAAGUUUGCUUAUUCAUGUUUAGAAGCCAACUGUGACUUUAAUGUGUGUGUCUCUUGUGCUUCUGAGGAGAGAGUGUUUCUGCAUGAAGGUCACAAGGGGCACACACUAACAUUGCUGCAGAGGGUAGCUUUGUUUGUAUGUGAUGCCUGCGGAGAGGAAGCUAAAGACUUCUCCUAUAUAUGCAACAUCUGUCAAUUUUGGAUUCACAAGAAAUGUGCCUUGUCACCGUUCCAUAUUUCAGUCCUGAACUAUCACCACCAUCCUCUUACUCUUAUCUACUCCAUUCCAUUCAUGCAUCGGUACUUUGAGCGAUUCUGCGCCAUCUGCGACAAAGAACUUCACGUAAACAUGUGGAUGUAUUAUUGUCACAAAUGCACAUAUUUUGUGCAUAUGAAAUGCGCUGCAUCCUCGGAUACGGAAUUUAUGUUAAAUGAGAUUAAAUCAGAGGACAUUCAUAUUGAAGCUGAGUUGGUACAAUUUCCUCUACGUGGCGAGGAAUCAGUAUUUGAAUUUAUUUUAACCCAGUGUGGAAAGUUGCAAGUUGAAGUUCAAGGUAAAGGAAAGAACAAUAUUACUAUAUCAACAACACCUAGCGAUCCACAUGUGAUUGAAGAACACUGGAGCCACAAGAUCCAUCCAUUAGAACUGCUUCAAUUUGCUGUUAGCGAGAAUGAUGAUGUUGAUGAUAGACAAAUGUUGAUAUGUGAUGGGUGUAUUCAACCAAUAACUGUUUCUCACCCUUAUUAUUAUGCUUGCAAGCAGUGCAGUUUCUUUCUCCAUUCCUUCUGCGCCACAAAGUUACCUAUGGAGUUGCCUGCAGGGGCGUCCCCUUCUCACCCGCAACACCUGCUCUCACUUCAGAAGAGGGAUAUAUUUUAUGAACUUGUGGGAUGUGAAGUUUGUCCCUACUUCACAAACGGAUUCUACUAUGAAUGUGAGACUUGUGAUAUUAAAGUUGAAAUCCGUUGUGCAUUCGCGCCCUCAAGGAUAAAUCAUACAUCUCACAGGCACUACUCCCUUGUUCAGCGUCCAUUCUCAGGUUCAAGGUGUAAAAUAUGUAGACUACGGAUUUUUACAGGCGUGGAAUAUGCAUGUGAAACUUGCGAUAAAUUCCACAUUCAUUGGCAUUGUGCACUCUAUCCAAGUCAAAUGAAACACAAGUAUGAUUCUCACUCCGUCACCUUAAGGUACCCUCCGUUCUUCUACGAGGGAGUAUUUUACUGUGAAGUAUGUGAAGAGCAAGUUAACAACCAGUUGAUGCUCUAUCAUUGCGAUGCAUGUGAUCAUUCUUUUCACUUUAAUUGCCUUUGUUCACGCCAAAGCAUCAAGCUAGGAGGGACCAUUGAUCUUAAAAUUGAUAAUCGGUCUCACACACUGGCAUUUGUUUUAAAGAAAACUACAGGUAAGAAAUCUCCCGAUUAUGUUUGUAGAUCUUGUCGAGUCUGCCACUAUUAUUACAGGUUUUUCGAAUGUGUUGGUUGCGGAUAUCUUCUCUGCCGUGACUGUGUCACUGAGAAGCUGAAGAAGUAACGAGUCAUUUCAUUGUGGAGACCUCCCGCACUAUAUUUGGGUCUUUGUUGCACUGGCAAGUCAUCGUGUUGUUCUCUGGUUAAUAUAUUAAACAUGGUGUUCAACUGUUCCUCACUUUCAUAGUUCCAUCUAACACAGCACAGACUAUUUUUAAUUUAGAAAUUGUAAUUGUUUAAAA